ACGCGGCGGGCGCGUCGGGAGCCGAGUCCGGGGCGAGCCGUCCAGCUGGCAGCAUGAGCGCCCGCGCCGCGCCCCCCAUCUUCGCGCCCGGCGAGGACUGCAGCCCCGCGUGGCAGGCGGCGCCCGCGGCCUACGAUGCGUCGGACGCGCACCUGCAGAUCCUGGGCAAGCCGGUGAUGGAGCGCUGGGAGACCCCCUACAUGCACGCGCUCGCGGCCGCCGCCGCCUCCAGAGGGGGCCGCGUCCUGGAGGUGGGCUUCGGCAUGGCCAUCGCGGCCUCCAAGGUGCAGGAGGCCCCCAUCGAGGAGCACUGGAUCAUCGAGUGCAAUGACGGCGUCUUCCGGCGGCUCCAGGACUGGGCGCCUCGGCAGCCGCACAAGGUGGUUCCCUUGAAAGGCCUGUGGGAGGAGGUGGCGCCCACCCUGCCAGACGGUCACUUUGACGGGAUCCUGUACGACACGUACCCGCUGUCGGAGGAGACCUGGCACACGCACCAGUUCAACUUCAUCAGGGCCCACGCCUUUCGUCUGCUGAAGCCGGGGGGCGUCCUCACCUAUUGCAACCUCACCUCCUGGGGGGAGCUGCUGAGGUCCAAGUACUCGGACAUCACCGCCAUGUUCGAGGAGACACAGGUGCCGGCCCUGCUGGAGGCGGGCUUCCUGCGUGAGAACAUCCGCACAGAGGUGAUGGAGCUGGUCCCGCCGGCUGAGUGUCGCUACUACAGCUUCCCGCGCAUGCUCACGCCCUGGGUCACCAAGCACUGAGCCCGGCCCGUGACCCUGUGACCUCGACUCAGUGCCUCUGGCUGGGAGCGAAGGCGCUGGCCUCUCGGCCUGGGGUCCAGUCCGCCGCACCCGCUGCAUGAGACCGGGCACCAUCCCUGACUCUGCGGCCCCUCGGCCUCCUCCCGGCCCGAGGACGAAAUAAACGCAGAGGUUGGGCCUCACCGGGUGGCCGGACGGAA